CUAUAAUGGGCUCCAAGGAAAGCAAACACCAUUCUGAUCCUGCCAAUCGUGGCGCCGCCACCGCCGCCGCAUCGCAUUCCCCCGACACGCCGAAACCUAGCUCCUCAAUUCUCACUGCCGACCUCUGACCUCCCCCCCUCCCCGGUCUCCGUACCCGGAACCCGCGGCGAGAUGGCCUCGACAUGCUUCCGCGCCGCCGCUCGUGUGGCCUCCGCCGUCGGCCGGUCGGCGGCGGCGGCGGCCCGCCCCGCCCCCUUCGCGGGCCGCGCCGCCUCCGCUGCCAGCCGCGCCCCGUGCUUCUCCAGGGUUCCGGUGGAGCUCGGGUGCUGCGCGGGGUUGUCGCUGCUGCCGCUGCACAGCGCGGUGGCGGCGGCCAGGCUGACGUCGCGGCUGAGCACGGAUUCGAGCUGCCGCGCUCUCUCUCAGGGCACUGCUGCAGGCACAUGACUUUGCUAGUUCUUGAAAGAUUUUACUGGGAGCUUGCUGUAUGCUUCAUACAAUCAUGAAGAAUGAGUACUUUAACAUGUGAAAUUGUACUGGAAGACUAGAGUUUGUUAUUUAUCUAAAAUUACUAGCUGCCUCUGUUGAGAAAUACCUUGGUGCAAUAAUGUGGCAUCCUUUUCGAAUGUUUUACAUGGUAGUUGACCACUCACUAGAGUCAAUAUGUCUGGGUGCAAUGCUUAAAUUGUAGUCUUUUUCUUUCUUUCUUUGCAUUUUUAUUUGAGACUCCUGUUUGCAUUUUGAGAGAGCUGCAUGCUUGCUUGAUAUUUUUAUUCAACAGAGAAUUUUAAUCUGGUCGCCGUUGUAGUUUACCAUAUGAUCACUCUUCUUUUCUCAGAUGAAAAUGAUGGUACGUGAAACAUUUACGCAGUGUCUUAAGGUGGGUGCUUGGAUAUUUGGCAAUGAUGCAUGCUUGUUACUGCAGCAACCACAUUUUAUAGUCAUAGAAGCUUUAGAGCCAAACUUGUAAAGCCUUCUUUUGCUACUGUGGCGGCUCACUUGCAAUGCUAUACACUGUAUGCUUCACACUUAUAAUUGAACAAUGAUUAAAUGUCCAAUCCUCUGAUGUAUGCUUUACCUUUUGUUUUAUAUAGAGAUGGGUCUAUCUGUUCGAAGGUGAUAAACUGCUGGAAGACCUGCUCAUGUCAUGCUAUGGGCUGAAAUGAUUUUUUUAGAGUAGUUAUCAAUAUGAACGUCGGCAGCACUAUUUUUUUUACCUUAUCUACAAUCUUGCUAUAUGGUAUUGUUCAAGAUUUUGAGUUAAUGCCUUUUGAUAUCCUUUGAUAAAAAGAAAACAUGCAAGAACUAGUAUACAAUCUUGCUAUAUGGCUUGCUGAUGUCCGGGCUGUAUUCGCUCAGCACAAUUCAGAAUGGCCCUAUGUUAUAAUAGGGAGGAAUGUUUGAUAAUUGUUGUUGAUGAGUAUACUAGUAUUGCAUAUGCUACCGGUUUCUUUAAAUUUGUGGAUGAGAUUGUCCGGACCUGAAUAGUGUGGUUUCCUACUUUGAGAAUCAAAGUUUGCUUUGGUUU